UUACUUUUUUAUUUAUUUUUUAUUUUUCGGCUUUGUGUUGUGUGGGGUAUUUUGGCGCGCUUUUUCUUUGUGUGUGAAACAACAGCGGCUGGUGUUGCAGUGGCUGACGUUUAUGCGUCGCUACCGCUGACAUCCCUGCUGGUUGUGCAGAAGGGCAUUUAUGUAAACCAACAACGGCUAGUGUUGCAGUGGCUGACGUUCAUGCGUCGCUACCGCUGACAUUCCCGUUAGUUGUGCGGAAGGGUAUUUUUGUUGUUAUACAACAGUGGCUGGUGUUGCACUGGCUGACGUUCUGCGUCGCUACAGCUGACAUCCCCGCUGGUUGUGCGAAAGGGUAAUUUUGUUAUACAACAGUGGCUGGUGUUGCAGUGGCUGACGUUCUGCGUCGCUAUUGCUGACAUCUCUGACGGUCGGGAAUAGAAUAAUUUGUAGACCAAAAAUAAAUAAAUAGAUAAAAAUAAAUUGGCAGUCAUUUUAUUUCGUUCUUCGUCGAGUUCGCCUUCUGGAUAUCGUUUUCUUCAACUGAAAAGUGGAUUACAUCUUCUCGUGGAUUUCGUCAACUAUUGCUGCAUUCUGGAAUUGAAUUACCUGAUAUUCUUGCCUUGGAUUGAAAUUUGAAUCUCGUGGCCGUAACUGUACAGUCUACUUAAUUCUCCAUGCUCUACUCACUCUGAACUCUUGUUUUGUCAGUGCAUUGAUGCUCUAAGUUAGAGUGUUGCAGGCUUGCAGCAUCAUAGUUACAAAAACAACUUGGUCGUCAACGUCAUACGUCAACAUCAAUUUAUUCAAGGUCAAUUUGAUAAUGAAAAUGGUUAAUACUGCUAGCUAGCAUUACAUCUCAGGCUCACAUAAGGAGAAUGCGUCGGGAGGCAUAUCAAAACGUGGAGGUUGCUAAUUUGUCUCAGUUUCAAGUUGAACGUGACAUCAACAGUAUUUGUGAACCAGUAUUUCAAGACUACACUAAAAGAAGUUUGGAAUUUUUAAAAAUCCAAUUUCGAGAAAUGACUGCAAAAAUCGACGAUCUUUUGGACUCGAGACCGAAACCGUGUAUUUGUACAAUACAAAGAAUCGAAGAAAAUGAACAGCAAUUCCUUUUGCAUUUGGAUUCGUUCGAUGCUAUUGAACAUCUUGAAAAUUCAAUGAAGGACCAACAAUCUCGACAACAAAUGAUCCUUUUGCUGCUCCGUAUCGGUGGAAUAAAUCUCCAGAAAACGGUUUAUGCAAUAAUGGAAAAGUUAUUCUCAUACGAAAUUGGAACUAAGUUCACUUGGACGGGAAAAUCCUCAAAAGGAAUCGAGAAAGCUAAAUUUUCUGAUCUGAAGAAUAUCUAUGCUGCAAUCUCUGGUGCCGUCCUCGGUAACAAAGACCUUGCUGGUGAUGAGAAAACUACAGUUAAAGUGCAGUAUCAAGUAAUAACCGAGUGGCUUCGUCACUGUCAGCAGAAUUUGAAAAGUCAAAUGUAGUUGAUGAAUAAAUAAAACAUUUGAAAAAUG